GAACGUAUCGCUGAAUCCACCGGGCGACCCCUAUUUUUCCUCACCUGCGGGUAUAUCGGAAAUAACGAGGAUCUCACGGAGGAGCGACUAUCGAAAUGGUUUCGCCUUGUCGAAAUCUGGGAUGCAGUCAUGCUUCUGGACGAAGCCGACGUCUUCCUCGAACGAAGACCAACUUGA